CCAGUUCCCUCUUCUUAGUCCAGUCUUCAUUUGUCAUCUGGAGGCAAAUGGAGUCUUACGGCGACACCGCGAGAGUUCGCAAAAAGGAAGAAAAAAGAGAGAACUUUUCUUUGCAUUAAAAAUUGCCGAUUCUGAAACAACCCAUCCUUGAUUCGUAUUUAAUUCGAUCGAUCGAAAACGACUCCUAAUAGUCUGCGAUUACUUCCGUUUCUUGUAAGGGGGUAAGGCUUACCCCUUCUUAUACAAGUUUCUCCUCUUCCUCAUACGCUUUCUGUGAUCACCAUUCUCUACUACAUCUAAGCAACCCGUGGGAGAUCUCCUUCGAUGUCCCUAGGGUUUGCUUCCUUUUCUCCAUCCUAAUUCUUGGGGGCUCCUUUUAUUGGAUUCUGGCCAUUUAGGGAACGAUGAAGAGGUCAAAGAGCAUGGAAGCCUUCGUUGGGAGGAAAUGGAGGUUAUCUCACAUCCUCUUCGCCGUGACCGUGGUUUAUCUGCUGUUCGUCGGUUUCAAGUUUUACCAUAUACUUGAUAUUGUGGGCUUGAAUAGCGGCGAACGGAAUUUCAGCGACGAUGGCCGUCGUCCUGUGAAAGGGAACGAUGUAGCCGAAGUCAGCCGGCCACUGUUGGUUUCCACCUACGCGGGUUCGCUACAUCGCCGCCUCGAUGACGGAAACCCUCCGCGGAAGCCAGACGGUGACCCACUCGUCCUCCCUGCCCACCGCAAGCCCGUGUUCUCUUUCGACCACUAUGGCAGGAUCACCGGAGCCAUAAUGCAGAGACGACGGCACUGGGGUGGCAACCUCACUGAGUUGGAGAGGAUGACUCAUGAGGCGUGGGAUUUAGGAAUGAAGGCUUGGGAGGAGGUAAAGAAUUAUGUGGAUAAAGGGGAGUUGAACCCAGCUGCAUUGCUUGAAGGGAAGCAGGAGCCCUGCCCAUUGUCGGUCUCUAUGGGUAAGAAUGAGAUUGGCGCCAAAGAAAGCUUGAUCUUUCUUCCUUGUGGACUCGAGGUGGGAUCAUCGAUCACUGUGAUUGGUACUCCUCACAGUGCUCAUGAGGAAUAUGUGCCUCAGCUGGCGAGGUUGAAACUGGGGAAUGGGGUAGUUAUGAUGUCCCAGUUUACUGUUGAGCUGCAAGGGCUUAAAGCUGUUGAUGGAGAGGAACCUCCAAAGAUCUUACACUUCAAUCCAAGGCUGAAGGGUGAUUGGAGCGGCAGGCCUGUCAUUGAGCACAAUACAUGUUAUAGAAUGCAAUGGGGGAAAUCAAUGCGCUGUGAUGGAAUUGCCUCGAACGAUGAUGAUGAUACAGUUGAUGGGUUCAUUAAAUGUGAAAAAUGGCUACGUAGUGAUGUUGAUUCAAAAGAAUCCAAAACAACUGCUUGGUUGAAGAGAUUCAUAGGUCGGGCAAAGAAACCAGAAAUGACAUGGUCGUAUCCAUUUGUAGAGGGCAGGUUGUUUGUCCUGACAUUUCGUGCUGCUGUAGAAGGAUAUCAUGUUUAUGUUGGCGGACGACACAUAACUUCAUUCCCAUAUAGGCCGGGGUUUACUAUUGAAGAUGCCACUGGUUUAACUAUCAAAGGAGAUAUUGACGUGCAUUCAGUAUUUGCUUCUUCUCUUCCUGAUUCCCACCCAAGUUUUUCUCCCCAGCAAGUUCUAGAACUUUCAGAAUCAUGGAAGUCUAGUCCUCUUCCAGAACAUCCCAUUGAGCUUUUCAUCGGCAUUCUCUCUGCCACCAAUCAUUUUGCAGAACGCAUGGCUAUUAGAAGAACUUGGAUGCAGUAUUCUGCUAUCAAGUUGUCAAAUGUUGUUGCCCGUUUCUUUGUCGCACUGAGUCCAAGAAAGGAGGUUAAUGUGGUUCUGAAGAGAGAAGCAGAAUAUUUUGGAGACAUCAUUAUCUUGCCAUUUAUGGAUCGUUAUGAGCUAGUGGUACUAAAAACUGUUGCUAUUUGUGAGUUUGGGGUAAAUAACUUGACCGCUGCAUAUAUUAUGAAAUGUGAUGACGACACAUUUGUUCGGCUGGAUGUUGUGCUGAGGGAGAUAAAUAAUGCCGCCGGCCGGAAAUCCCUUUAUAUGGGCAAUCUUAACCUCUUGCACAGGCCCCUCAGGAAUGGAAAAUGGGCAGUAACUUUUGAGGAAUGGCCAGAAGAAGUAUAUCCUCCGUAUGCCAAUGGACCUGGUUAUGUAAUAUCGAGCGACAUCGCAAAGUUUAUUAUAUCUAAGCAUGCCAACCAUACCUUGAGUAUGUUCAAGAUGGAAGAUGUAAGCAUGGGCGUGUGGGUUGAGGAGUUCAAUGCUUCCACCCCUGUCAGGUACUCUCACAACUGGAAGUUCUGCCAGUAUGGCUGUAUGGAUGGAUACUACACUUCACAUUAUCAAUCUCCAAGGCAAAUGAUCUGCCUAUGGGAUAAACUGGCAAGAGGUCGAGCCCAGUGCUGCAACUUUAGGUGAAAACCUUGCACAGGUUCGGACCAAUUUGUCCAUUUCUCACGCCAUUUUUACAGGGGUUGAUAAUUUUUUUGUGCAAUGCUAUAUUGCCGGGGGGAUUUAAUUUAUAUGAUGGAAGAUCUAGUGAUGACCAACAUUUCCUUCCAUGCCUGCCUUGGCCCCAAAUAGGUUUUUUUUUUUCUUUUUUGUUGCUGCUUUUAGUUUAAUGUAAGGUUGUUUGAAUUGAAGAAAAUAAUAGAAUGCUUGGUUGGUUUUGUGCAUUGAAGAACAUGCCAGAGAUAUACUGGAUACUUGUAUACUUGUUCAAUCUUGAACUAGAAAUUGCCUGUAUGAAUGAGGUUACGACCUUAGAUUUUGUUCUCCAAGUGUAUUCAUUACUUCAAUUGAUAUU